AUGGCUCUUCACAGAAUUUCCCUGAGGUUUCGGCAAACUGUGACGCAUGUUCGGUGGCUUCAUAUAAGUGGAUCAGGCCUGCAGCAGGAAGCCUUGGCAGUUGAACCAGAACCUGAGCCCUUUUCAGUCUUCAGAACACAGGAAAAUGAUCCAGCUCGUCAUUCAGAAAAACACAUUGGACAGUUUUACACUAUACCGUCCGAACAUAUCCGCACCUUCUUCCCUCAUGGCCUCCCUCGACGCUAUCAGCAGCAGGUGAAAACCUUUACUGAAGCCACCAUAAUGGUCAGGCAGCCCGCCUUGGAGGUCAUCUCCUACCUGAAGGAAACGGAUAUAAGCAAACCUGUGCAGCGAUAUAUGUUUUAUGGACUAAAGGGCGGUGGAAAGACGAUGUCCCUUUGUCAUGCUGUCCACUUUUGCCACACACAGGGAUGGCUAGUGCUUCAUAUACCUGACGCUCACAUUUGGGUGAAGAACUGCAAGGAGCUACUUCCUUCAGCCUUUAACCCGUCUCGCUUUGACCAGCCUUUACAAGCCACCGAGUGGUUGCGCAACUUUAAAAUCACCAAUGAACACUUCCUGUCCAAGAUAAAAACAAGGCAGCGCUAUGUGUGGACGAAGAGAGAGCACACAGAGGAAGGAAGAUCUCUUGGGGAGCUGGUGGAUCAGGGCAUCUCUCGAGUAAAGAGCAGCAGUGACGUUGUAGGAGCGGUGAUGAAGGAACUGAGGCAGCAGAGCGGACAGCCAGGCUGUGACUUUCGUCUGGCUGUGGCCGUGGACGGUGUCAAUGCCCUGUGGGGUAAGUCCAGCAUUAAGAAGGAGGACAAGAGUGAGGUGGAUCCAGGUGAGCUCACGCUGGUAUAUAACCUGAGGAAGAUGAUGAAGAAUGACUGGACGGGAGGCGCCAUCAUGACAACUGUGGGUCACACAGGGGCUGUGUAUCCAUCCAAAUUGGCCUACUUGCCUCAGGAACUGCUAGGAGAGAGAGGAUUUGAUAACAUGGACCCAUUUAUCCCAGUGUCGGUGCCAUACUACAGUGAGAAGGAGUUUGAGAGCUGCUAUCUCUACUACAUAGACCGCAACUGGCUGCAGCACCCAAUGAGCCGAACAGAGGAGGGCAAGAAAGAGCUCAUCUUUAUGACGGACAGGAUACCUUCAUUAAUGGACAGAAUUUGUGCGUUCUUAUGA